AUGACGAGAAUAAUAUUGACAAAGAGGCAUAAUAGGUUUGACUAUACAUUCCCACAAGACCUCGUUGACAUUGACGUUUAUUAUAGCAGAAUAGAAGAACUUAAUAAAGGGCUUAAUUCACACCGUCGAUUUUUUGGUCGUAGAUAUUCAACGCCGUUCAUGAUAUUACUGAUAGGAGUGGGUUUAAUUGCCUUUGGAGUUUGCGGCGGGUCUAAAUUGAACGAAUCUAUGAGCUCGAAAGUGUUUGACUCGGUAGUCACUUUAUGGGGUGUUUUAAUUAUCUGUGGUGUUAUUAUUUGGAUCUGCAGACGAAAGUCGGACAUUGACUAUACAGUGAUAUUGGAUCGACUCAACGAUCAAGACAACGACAAAAACAUUCAAUGGACUUAUGAUGAACAUCACAAGCCAUGUGAUCGAUAG